UAUGAUUGUAAUGUCAAAGUUUGACACUGACAUUGGAAGAAGGUUGAAAAAGAGACGAGCAACGGUUCAUAACAAAAUAACAAACAAUUUACCUUUAAACUACAUUUAUGAUCCAUUAAAUUCGUGAGUUCAGCUUCGCAGUCAAAAAUUUCGUAUGAAGGAUCUCGUUCUUCACAAAGUAUAUUUACAUCUGUUAGUUAACUGGUUUCUAACCUCUACACGGUAGCGAUAUGGAGAUUCUACAAAGAGCGCUGAAAGAGGCGCUAGAUCGCAAUGCUGCGGAGGCCGUACGAUGGAAAAAAUAUAAAGAACAACACGAAGAAGCCAAAGCAAAUAUUGUAGAAUUUACGAAAUCUUUGGAACUCGACGUUAUGGUGCCAGUAGGAUCGAAAGCUUUGAUGCCUGGUCGAUUGUAUCAUACGAAUGAAAUUGUUGUCAGUCAUUCGCAGACGUACUACUCAAAAUGUACGGCCCAUAAGGCGUUAGAGAUUUGUCAAAAUCGACUGAAUGUGGCUGAUAGUAGACUGAAGGCAUUGGCAGUGGAAGCUAAUUUGCACAGAAAUCAACUGGAUCUUCCACUCGAUUUUGAUGCAUUCUCAUCGCAAGAAAUUAUUGAAACGUACGACGAGGAAGAGGAAAAGAAAUGGCAAAUUAAUCACAAAGAGAAAAUAAAAGAGCAGAAACGAAGUGAGGCAGCCGAACGGCAACAAAUAUUGAGCGGAAAGGCUGAAGACGAUAUUAUCAAGAGGUUAGAGGAACUAGAGCUAAUGGAAGAACUAGAAAAUGAAUUGGAAGCAAUGUCUGAAGAAGAUGAUGAAGCUGUCCAGGCAAUCCUCAGUGAAAGGCCGGAAGAAAUUUCGUUUAAGAAAAGAAUGUCUCACUUCAACGAUCGUAAUAUUGAAGAUGAUAUACCGUCUACGGAAGAUGCUGCGUCGUCUGCGAAAGAUGCUGAGCCGUCCAAGGAAAAUGAUGCAAGUGCUGACAACGUAAGCCUUUCUCUGAACAGUAGUGAUGAAGACGACGACGAUGAGGAUGAUGAGAUUCCGCCCGAAUUCAAAGAACUUGAGCGUAGAACAGCAUCAAUGACAAAUCGAGAAAAAACGAAAUUAUUUAAGGCCAAAUUGGAUGAAGUUCAAAAGUAUUUGGAAGCUUUGAAACCUCGCACUAUUGAAGAAAUAUCACACAAGACUGAUAUGAUGUUCUUAUCUGACCAUUUACUGAAUGCCAUCGAAAUUAUGGAAGAUGAGUUCAAGUGCGAUCGGUACUUAAAUGCAGAGAGUGUGAUAACUGAAGACAGUGACGACAUCGAGUCUGCUACUGUUGUUCCAGCCAGUGUGCCGAAACAAACCAUUUUGAAGAAGAAAAUGAAAACUUCCUUUGCAUUCGACGAUGAUAAAAACUCGAGAAAAAUUAGAUUCGCCUCUGAGCAUGAUGUGAAGUCGUUUGACGUGUUAGAGGAACCGAGUAAAAUAUCAUCAACUGUAAUAUAUGACCGUGGACCAGUGCUGAACUUGAAUGUUAAUCAUUCCGAAGCGGUAUUUCGUGAUACGAAUGAACAAUCCGAUGUUAUACGAAGCCCGGUCGACAUAUACAAACAAUUUGCUGGUUGUGUUCCACAAACUAAUGAGUUUUUAACGAAUCGACCAACAUCUCAGAAAAUAAUGAAACAUCCAACGGUAGAUCGACCAACUCCCAAGGUAAUCAAAGAAGAGCCCAAUGAAGUCAAGAAAUAUUCCAAGGUAAUCAAAGAAGAACCAAGAGGUCAAGAUAUAGCGGUAGCAAAGGCCGAAGUGAAAGAUAUGCUGGACAACAUGUUCUGCCCUAAGAAUACAAACGAACCCGAUCCACUACCAGAAGGUAAUUUCGUGGACUCACAUGCGCCGAAAAAAAGAGUUAGUUUGUUCAAACAGCGUCGUCAAAUGAAAAGCCAAUAAAAGUUUGUUUUGAACGAUUGUUCAAGUAGUUUUGAUCGUUUAAUUUUUUUGACUCAAAAACAAAUCAUACAACAGGAGUCCGUAUUCGAAUGGCUUACAUCGAAAAUUACUUG